GUAGGAAUGUAGCUCUUCUCCAUCGGUGUAGGUAGUAUAGACUAGUAUAGAGUAUAGUAAUCAGUAGUAGUAUAUUUGAUAUACGCAUGGGUAUGUGUCAAGUGAAUCUAAAGUAUCGAAACAAAAUUAAAUUGACAUAUAAUUCUGAAUAGUGUUUUGUGUCAGACACUCUGUUUUAAAAAAUGAUUCACAGUCUAUUCAUUAUCAACUCCUCAGGAGAUGUAUUUAUGGAAAAACAUUGGAAAAGUGCUGUUGCAAGAUCGCUCUGUGACUAUUUUUUUGAUCAACAGCGAAGAGUUUUAUCUCCUGAAGAUACACCUCCUGUAAUAGCAACACCCCAUCAUUAUCUUAUUAGUAUAUAUCGGUGUAAUAUGUUUUUCGUUGCAGUAUGUAUGACAGAAGUUCCACCAUUAUUUGUAAUAGAAUUCUUACAUAGAGUAGUGGACACAUUCGAAGAUUAUUUUAGCGAAUGUACAGAAACUAUUAUAAAAGAAAAUUACGUGGUUGUAUAUGAACUAUUGGAUGAAAUGUUAGACAAUGGCUUCCCAUUAGCUACAGAAUCUAAUAUUUUGAAAGAACUUAUUAAACCACCCAAUAUAUUAAGAACUAUUGCAAAUACUGUUACAGGAAAGUCUAAUGUUAGUGCAAUAUUACCAAGUGGUCAACUAUCAAAUGUUCCUUGGAGACGUACCGGUGUAAAAUACACAAACAAUGAAGCAUAUUUUGAUGUUGUAGAAGAAGUAGAUGCCAUUAUUGAUAGAACAGGAGCAACUGUGUUUGCAGAAAUUCAAGGAUAUAUUGACUGCUGUAUAAAAUUAAGUGGAAUGCCAGACUUAACACUUUCGUUUAUGAAUCCCAGAUUAUUUGAUGACGUCAGUUUUCACCCUUGUGUUAGAUUUAAACGAUGGGAGUCAGAACGAAUAUUAUCUUUUAUUCCACCAGAUGGCAAUUUUCGUCUUCUUUCUUAUCACAUAGGAUCACAAAGUAUUGUAGCUAUUCCCAUAUAUGUAAGACAUAAUAUUAGUCUUAAAGAACCAGGAGGUGGUAGAUUAGAUAUUACUGUGGGACCAAAACAAACUAUUGGCAGGACUGUGGAGAAUGUCACAUUAGAAAUUCCUAUGCCCAAAAUAGUACUGAACUGUACUUUGACUCCAACUCAAGGAAAAUACUCAUUUGACCCUGUUAGUAAAAUACUGUUAUGGGAUAUUGGAAGGAUAGAUGUUUCUAAACUUCCAAAUUUAAGAGGCUCGAUUACUAUCCAAAAUUCUGCUAGUGUAUUGGAGUCUAAUCCUGCAAUUAACGUUCACUUUACAAUUAAUCAAUUGGCAGUGUCUGGCUUGAAAGUUAACCGAUUAGAUAUGUAUGGAGAAAAAUAUAAACCCUUUAAAGGUGUUAAAUAUAUUACCAAAGCUGGUAAAUUUCAAAUAAGAAUGUAAAUAAGCAAUGUAUAAAUAUGGAACAAAAUAUUUUUCAUAUCAUU